AUGCCAUCUGGGUGGGAGCAGUACGCCGUGGCCGUGGACAUCGUGGUGCACCCGGGCUUCAGCACCCAGGAGGGCGCCAGCACCUACAGCGACGACCUCAUGCUGCUGCGCAUCGAGCCCCCGCUGAACUUCACCCCCUACGUCCAGCCCCUGGCCCUGCCCCAGGCGUCCCCGGCCACCGGCACCAACUGCACCGUCAUGGGCUGGGGCACCACCACCAGCCCCGAGGAGUCCUACCCCAACACCCCUCAGUGCGUGAACGUCUCCGUGGUGGCCGACGCCGAGUGCCAGGCCAUCUACACUGGCAAAGUCACCGAGGACAUGCUCUGCGCCGGCGUGGCCCAGGGGGGCAAGGACUCCUGCCAGGGUGACUCCGGAGGGCCACUGUCCUGCAACGGGACCCUCCAAGGCAUCGUGUCAUGGGGGCUGCAGACCUGUGCCCUCCCUGGGCGCCCGGGGGUCUACACACGGGUGUGCAACUACGUGGGCUGGAUCCUGGACACCAUGAACAGAAACUAGGGACGCAGGGACAUGCAGCCAGGCCACCACGGACCACAGGAGGCGAGACAGAUCUGGGCCACCACAACUACGGACAUGAGGACGUGGAUCCAGGCCACCACAGACCACAAGCAGGGACACGGGGGCAUGAAUCCAGGCCACCACAGACCACAACUGGCAACACAAAUCUGGGCUGCCACAACUAGGGAGAUGGGGACAUGGAUCCAGGCCACCAUGGACCACAACUGGCAACACAGACCCAGGCUACCACAGACCCCUUCAGGGUACAGAUCUGGGCCACCACAAAUAGGCACACGAGGGCAUGGAUCCAGGCAACCACAGACCAUGACAAGGGACAUGUGGUCCACGGUGGCCUAGAUCCAUGUUCCCAACUGUGACAUGGAUCCAGGCCACCACAGACCGCAACUAGGGAUACAGGAACAUGGAUCUGGGCCACCAGAGACCAUGACUGGGGACAGGGGGGGACACAAACUAGAUCCAGGCCACCACAGGCUGCAACUAGGCAACACAGAGACAAGGGGAGGACACAGA